AUGGUUAUAUGCGCAGCUUUAGUGUUGGAAAAAAAAUUACAUGUGAUAUUUAUGGACGAAUAUGAGGAGACCCUAAUUAUUUUCGUCGGUAUUGAAAACAAUUGUGAUUCAUCGAUGUACUUUGGUGGUAGUGGUAAAUUGUACAAAGCUGAAUAUAUGGAUUGGGUUCUGCUGGUAGUUGUGUAUAAUUAUAAAGAAAAACAAGUUGGUUCUAGAUCAUACUUGGGAUCAGAAACCACCAUAAAAUCGGUGAAUAAUAAUACAUCAUUAUUUGCUUUUUUACCGCUUCCUAGUGAAUUAUUUACAUAUUAUUUAUCAUUUUCUACUUUAUUUGACCGAUUUCCAUGUCCAACUCAAUUUUCUUCUUGGUAA